UUAAGCUUAUGAGGUGGCGGAGCUGGAAAGGGGGGGGGCAGUUGCUUCCCAAGAUGGCGGCGGUGGCGGCUUUUGGCGAGGUGGUCGAUGAGGCAGCCGCCUCUUCGGGGUCGCUCCCAGGCCCAGAGCCAGGCUCGGCCAACGCCCCUGAAGAGGUAUUGCGGCCCUUGAACCCGAGCGAAAUAACAAGCCGCCUGGAAAGCAGCGCCCGGCAAUUCCGUAACCGACGCAAGGUGCUCAUCCGCGGGCUGCCUGCCGACGUCGCCAACCAGGAAAUUCAUGAUCUUUUGAGUGAUUACACACUUAAGUAUUGCUUUGUGGACAAAUACAAAGGAACAGCUUUCGUCACCUUACUGAACGGGGAACAGGCAGAAUCGGCCAUUAAGAAAUUUCACUUGAGCACCCUGCGAGACAAGGAAAUCACAGUGCAGCUACAACCCACAGAUGCCCUCUUGUGCAUUGCCAAUCUGCCCCACCUUUAUACGCAGCAACAGUUUGAAGACCUGGUCCGGCCGUUUGGGAACUUAGAGCGUUGCUUCUUGGUGUACAGUGAGAAAAGGGGACACUCGAAAGGUUACGGUUUUGUGGAAUACAUGAAAAAGGAUUCGGCAGCCAGAGCAAAGUCUGACCUGUUGGGCAAGCAGCUGGGAACGCGGACUCUGUAUGUUCAUUGGAUAGAUGUCAACCAGUUGACUCUAGACCUUAUCCACUCAAAAUGCCUCUGUGUAGAUAAAUUGCCCCACGGUUACAAUGAUCUUGAAGAACUAAAGCAGACCUUCUCCGCCAUCUGUCCUCCAACAUUCUGCCAGCUGGCAUGUGGUCAGGAUGGGCAGCUGAAAGGCUUUGCAGUCCUGGAAUAUGAGUCAGCUGAGAUAGCAGAGAUGGUUCAGCAGGCUACCGAUGGCUUUCUACUUGCUGGGAACCAUAUCAGAGUCUCUUUCUGUGCUCCGGGCCCAGCUGGACGAAGUAUGCUAGCUGCUCUGAUAGCUGCCCAAGCAACAGCACUUAACCGUGGUAAAGGGCUUCUACCCGAACCCAAUCUUCUUCAGAUUCUGAACAGCUUGGGGAAUCCUUCGUCUCUCCAACUCUUACUCAACCCCCUACUUCAUGGAGCCAUUGGAGGAAAGCAAGGAAUCCUUGGCGCACCACCAGCGGUAUCCCUUCUAACCAACCCAGCUCUCUUCACAGCUCAACUUCAGCUGGCACUCCAGAAUCAAACACAAGCACAGCAGAAACCUGGAAUCUUGGGAGAGUCUCCUCAUGGUUCCUUGCAGCACAAUACUAUGGGAAUGUCAAACCCUCCAGCUUCUCAGGCUGGAAAUCAGUUAUUAGGAGAGAUGUCCUCAAGUGGUUCUGUGCCAGCGGAUGUUUCCCCAGGAACUGUGAAAUCUACUAUCUUGCCUUCUGCAAACUUGUCCUUGCCCUCUUUCUUGGGACCAUUGGCAAUGGAGAGGGAGAAUGCUGCGAUGGGGACCCAGGCUCCUCCCCUGACUUUACCUGGCCUACAGGGUCUCACUACCUCCAUUUUGGGAUCUAUGAUCAGUGGGCUUCAGAAGCCCUCUGAUAACGGAGCAGACAGUGGUCCUCAGGGUCCUCAGUUAGCUAAUGUUUCUCUCCUGGGAGAGCCACCAAAAGACUUCAAGAUUCCACUCAAUCCAUAUCUAAAUCUGCACAGUCUUCUCCCUAGAAAUAAGAUUGGAGGUGGAACUAAUAAAACAUUCAAUCCAAAGACCGGUGCACUUGGCAAUGCUUCCAAUCCCAGAAUGCAACAGGCAUCCAUGUCUGAUCUUCUCUUGCCCUCAUCUAGUCAAUCAGAAGAUAAUUCUGCAUUUGACUAUCAGCCUGACUUGGUAUCACGAAUAUAUCCCCAGGCCAGAGAGACAUCAUCCCAGCAAAGCGUAUUUGCACAUAAGAAGCAAAAGGUCUCAUCUCCUGGGUUUGAGCAAAACCAUCUAGGAACUCCAUUGCCCCCAUUCUAUACAGGGUCUCCAACCUCAUAUUUCACAAGUGGCCUUCAAGCUGGACUUAGACAAAGCCACUUGAACAAAGCUAUCGGGAUGCCACCAAUGGGCACAGGAGAGAAUGUCCAUGGGUUAGGACCAACUAGCCCUUCCCACAGUAGCUACACAAAGACUCCCAUUGGAGGCCAAAAGCGAGCCUUUUCUCAUCUGCUACCCUCUCCAGAGCCUAGUCCAGAAGGCAGCUACAUUGGCCAGCAUUCUCAGGGCCUGGGAGGGCACUACGCAGACUCCUAUUUAAAGCGAAAGAGGAUAUUUUAAUCGAUUUCUUGGUGAAGCACUCUUAUCCUCCCUAGCCCCAACGUGUAUAUUGUUUGUAAAAAUAUUUUUACUGUUUUAUUUUAGUGUUUUUUUUAAAUGCUUGUAUGUAAAAAAACCAUAAAACCUUUAUCCUUCUAAGGCCAGCUGCAAUCUUGUUGUCUAUUUUGAACCAUUGUCCUAAUGCUAAUCCUGUGAUCUGAUAUCUUUUUAAACCAAACUUCUGUGGCUGGGACAAUCUUUGGCCGCAUUGUUUUCUAGAGUGACUUGUUUUCUUGCCGUUACACUCCUGAGUGACACAUAGGACUUUUUGAUAGAAUCCAGCUUUUAUAUGGUGCCUGCAGUUGGGCAGAACUAUCUAACUACUGAAUUGAUAAUUGGAAUCCUUAAUGCUGUGUUAAGGGAGGAUAGAUAGAAGCACAACCUCCUCCAACCAGAGUGGUUUGGGCAAGAUCCAGGUUUAAACGAAACAAAGAAUUCAAUUCAAUUCCUUAAGCCUGUUUAAGAUUCAGAAUAGGCAAUGUUGUCCUUUCUCAGAGGAGACCUACAUAGGGUUCAUUUUGAGAGAGUGGGAGUCUGGGGCCUUCUCCCCAAGGGAUUUAGACUUCUGCUUUGGUAUAAUGACUUAUUUCUGUUUCAUAAACAUGCUACAAUAUUUUUACUAUAGAUAACUGGCUGGUUUGCUGUAUUUGUCGCUGGAUUUGAAAUCCGUCAACAGCUGGAUACCAACUUUCUUAAAGUAAAGCUAUAUUUAUAUCAAACUUCA